AUGGCAACUUCAAUACGGCUGUAUUUAACAUGUAUACGGAAUACUCUAGAGGCAGCCUUGUGCCUGCAGAAUUUCCCUUGUCAAGAAGUUGAACGGCAUAACAAACCAGAAGUCGAAAUGAAGACGAGUCCGGAACUUUUGCUAAAUCCUAUUUUGGUAUGUAGAAAUGAGGCUGAAAAGUGUUUAAUAGAAACAUCUAUCAAUUCGUUGCGUAUUAGCCUCAAGGUGAAGCAGGCAGAUGAGCUUGAAAACAUACUAACUAAGAAAUUUCUUAGAUUUUUAUCAAUGAGGGCAGAAGCAUUUCAAGUGUUGAGACGAAAGCCAGUACAGUUGCAAGGACUUUCUAUAGUCAUCAGCGAAGAAUCAUGGGUGAAAGUGGUGGCUGGUCACGUUCAUGUGGUCAUCCCAAAGCUACCUUGUGAUGGUUUUUGUGUUGAUAUUGACAAGGAGAUAAGUGAAUUAAAAAUGUCUGUAAACACGCGAGGGAGGCUGGUUGCUACAGAGUUUCUGAAGCAAUUCACGUAA